UGAGACAGAUCUCACAGCCAACGGGGCGGCGAGGCCCCAUAAACUGAAUAAGAGGCGACAGUCCGCUCCCUAUAAAUAGGGCAGGAGCGCCAACGGAAGGACAGAACAGAACGGCUGCAGGGGGGAGAAGAUAUUACGGGGGUCUCUCUCUCUCUCUCUCCCCCCUCUCUCUCUCUCUCUCCCCCCAUCUUUUUAUCACUCAUUAACCCCCAUCAGCCGCCCUCAUAGAUUUACUUGACAUUACUGUUCUUGUUUGAACCUGUCGCCGGGAUUGUCCAAUUUUAUGCCGAUUUCGCCUCCCGUCAUGGUUUGCCAGACGAAGAUCGUGGCCGACGAAGAGAUGCCCGGUUCCAAGAACGACCCGAUCGUCUCUUCCAGCCAGAUGUGGCCUCCGCCGGCUCCACAGCCGCCUGCCGGCUCCUCCUCGCCCGCGGCGCCGCUCGAAGCUACCCCCGGCGAGCCGCGCCUGAAGCGGGGCGCCGUCUACAUUCGGGAGUUUGAGCUCAGCGACCGAGACAACGUGCGCCGUAUUUUCUUCGAUGGUAUCAUGGAGAGGAUUCCAAACACGGCCUUCAGAGGGUUAAAACAGCAGCCCAGGAUUCUUCUGUUUUAUCUAUGUUUGACCGAGAAAAAAGACACUUUAUGUGACGAUCAUUUUAAUCUUUUAAAAGUUCUCGGUCAGAAAUCAUUUGAAAAUGAGAAACAAAAAAGACGAUCGCGAGCCGCAUUGCGAAUGUAUCGUUUAUUUCUCUCCCUUAUCUCCAUAGUAAUGUGCUUUUAUCUGACCAAGUCCUUGCUGCUGACGUGCUGUGUGCCCAUCUUACUGUUGGGCUCGAGAUACCACUACAGUAGGAAAGUUAUCGUCAGCUAUCUUGAGUGCGCACUGCAAACCGACAUGUCAGAUAUUGAGCAAUAUUACAUGAAACCGGCAGGCUCCUGUUUCUGGGUGGCAGUCCUGGACGGGAACGUGGUGGGCAUUGUGGCUGCCAGAAGCCACGAGGACGACAACACGGUGGAACUGUGCCGCAUGUCGGUGGACUUUGACCAGCGGGGCAAGGGCAUCGCCAAGGCGCUGGGCCGCAAGGUGCUGGAGUUCGCCGUGCUCAACAACUACUCAGCCGUGGUGCUGGGCACCACCGCCGUGAAGGUGGCUGCCCACAAGCUGUACGAGUCGCUGGGCUUCAGACACGUGGGCGUCACCGACCACUAUGUGCUCCCCGGGAUGACUCACUCGAUGCUGGAGCGUAUCUUCUUCCAAGUGCGCUACCAUCGCUACCGGCUGAACCUUCGCGAGGAGUAAAGCCUACACUCGCACCCCUUCCUCCUCCUCCUCCUCCUCCACCCUCCCUCUCCCCUCCAGAGCGCCAAUCCCUCCACUAUUUUCCGUCCCCUGUCUCCCACCCCAUACCCACGGCACCUUCCCAUUUCUGUCACGGGACGAGGGUCCUCCUGAUCUCCCCCACCCUGUGGUCGCCAGCUGCUUCCCCUCACCGGUACCGUCGCGAGUCCUGGGGAACCUUGGUGAGGAGGAGUCUCUCUCUCCCCCCUCCGUCCCGGCCCUCCCCUCAAUCCACCACCCCAGGAGAAAACGAAAACAUGGACAGACAGCAGGCAUUCAAGACCCGCUGCCGAGGGUCUUUGAACUGAGGUACCCAACUCACCAAGUCAGGGCAGCUCAUACACCCCCAAGCGAAGAGAACUGUCGGCCAUGCCAUGUAAUGUAGUGGUAGCAAAGACUGCAAGGGUGUCGUGUGUAUGUGUGUGAGAGAGAGAAUGAGUGAGAGAGAGAGAGAGAGAGAGAAUGACAGAGACGAGGGGGGGUGGGGAUUUCAUUCGGGAUCGAUGACAUGCAUUUAAUACCACGCUCGUCCCCCUCUAUCGUCUCCCCGACCCUCACAACCUUCACUUCACCACUAUUUUUUUUGAAGAUCAAAUUGUUGUUGGGGGAUUUUUAAAUGUAUCAAAUCUGACAAGUCUGGCUUUGCUGUGUUGCUGGAGGGGUGUGAGAGCAGUGCCAGUGAUCUGCAGAAAGGCCCUGCCUGGCCUCGGCGGUGGACUGGCCCAUGGGCUUUGAGCAGGCGUGGGGGUCCCACAGGAAGUUACAUAAUCGGAUGUACCACAACUUGAGAGAGAGAGAGAGAGAGAGAGAGAGAGAGAGAGAGAGAGAGAUAGAGAGAGAGAGAGAGGUAGAGAGAGAGAGAGAGAGAGAGAA